CCAAACUCUGGUUCCAGUGGCUGAGAGGCCACGUGUGACAGAAGCCAGGGUGGGGGACCCACGCAGCUGUGUGCACUUCCCAGGUAUCCUGAGCCAAGCAAAGGUUCUGUCUAGGAGGAGAAGGAAUAGAAGUGUCUGAACAUCAUGACACAGGUGGACCCCCAGGACAGGUGGGGCAAGGGGUCUCCUCUUGCCAGCACCAUUGAGGAUGCUCAUGACCCCCUGAGGCUGAGCAUGAGCUUAGAGAGUGAGAAUGAGGAUGGCGCAGAGGCAGGGGACAAAGGGAGCCUUGAUCACCAGGCCUGUCCAAGAAGCAGCUCUCAAGUGGCUCAGGACAAUCCUGACUUGCUGUGGCAUCAUCCAUCCAGUGAGGAAGAGAAAUUCUCUGGCCCCGAUAGUCGUGCGAGCCUGGGGAAGGAACCAGUGGGGAUGCCUGGGAAGAAGGCCAGCUGGGGAAGAGAUGAGCCAAGGAUCACGGAGGCCCAGGACUCCUCUGGAGCACGGAUAGCUCCGAAGACCCUCCCCAGAGACCCUUCACGCAAGUUAGGUCCAAUGCAACCGCUUAGGGACUCACUACCUGCAGGCGAUGAUGGAGACUUCAGGGAAAAGCUGGACGCUGCCUUGGGUGUUCCAUCCAGCUUCCCUGAUACUGGAAGAUAUUUCUGUGCACAGAAGGGUGUAGACACCCCAGACAACUCGCCCCUCACGCGUUUCCCCAAGCCGGGUGGCAGCUGGGACCUCCCCACGCAGGAGACUCACACACCAGCGCGGGGAUCAGCCUCCCCAGCCGGCCUGGCAGCAAAGGUGCUGGGCAAAGCGCGGGUCGGCAGGAAGGGCCAGAACCCCGAGGGCAUGCGUGAGGGCGGGCAAGGGGAGGCGCACCCCUUCAAGUGCCUGCGGGGAGGAAGGGCCUUCCAGAAGCCCAGCAGCCCGCUGAGCCCGUCGCAACCGCGAGGCACUAAGCCCUACGCUUGUGAGCUGUGCGGGAAGGCCUAUUCCCACCGGGGCACGCUCCAGCAGCACCGGCGCCUGCACACGGGCGAGCGUCCCUACCGGUGCCCCUUCUGCGACAAGGCCUACACCUGGUCCUCGGACCACCGCAAGCACAUCCGCACCCACACGGGAGAGAAACCCUACCCGUGCCCGGACUGCGGGAAGGCUUUCGUGCGCUCCUCCGACCUGCGCAAACACCAGCGUAACAUGCACAGCAACAACAAGCCCUUCCCGUGCGCCGAGUGCGGCCUGACCUUCAACAAGCCGCUGUCGCUGCUGCGCCACCAACGCACGCACCUGGGCGAGAAGCCCUUCCGCUGCCCGGCUUGCGACCGGGAGUUCGCCGUGGCCAGCCGCAUGAUGGAGCACCAGCGCGUGCAUUCGGGCGAGCGGCCCUUCCCCUGCCCCACCUGCGGCAAGUGCUUCACCAAGUCCUCCAACCUGAUCGAGCACCAGACCCUGCACACCGGCCAGAGGCCCUUCAAGUGCGCCGACUGCGGCGUGGCCUUCGCGCAGCCCUCGCGCCUUGCGCGCCACCAGCGCAUCCACACUGGCGAGAGGCCCUUUCCUUGCGCGCAGUGUGGCCAGGCCUUUGCGCGCUCCUCCACCCUGAAGCGGCACCAGCAGAUCCACUCUGGGGAGAAGGGCUUCCUCUGUGCCGAGUGCGGCAGGGCCUUCCGCAUUGCCUCGGAGCUGGCCCAGCACAUUCGGGUGCACAAUGGGGAGAGGCCCUAUCAGUGUGAGGACUGCGGCCAGGCCUUCACCAGGUCCAAUCAUCUCCAGCGGCACCGAGCUAAGCACAGUGCCAGCAGGAAGGAGCCCAUCCCCUCCUCCUCUGAUGAGUGAGAGCUCUAUCGGUUCUCAGGAAGGUGAAGAUAGUGUCGACCUCACUACCUGGAACCCUCUGCCACGGACAAGCCUAUUCACGUGGUAUUGUCGCCUCGCUUCACGGGUCGGCCUUUUCUCCCAGCGGGUCGCCGGCCAUGGAGUGAUGAUCCAUUUGAUUCGUAUGUUUGAUCUCUUGUGUAAAAAGGAACAGGAGAAUUGGCACCCCCCGUGUGUGGCUUCAUAUCAGUCUUUCUUCUGAAUCUCAGAGGUCAUAUUCAAUUGGAAAAGAAUAUGAAAAAGUAGCAAGAGCUGGUCAAGAGUUGAGUUCCUUGGUUGGGGGAUCUCAAUCGACUGGGAAUUAUAGAAUUCUAUCGUGACGACUGUGCAAGGCUCCAGGGAUACAGUAAAGAAAAAGAUGGUCCUGUCUUGCCCUGGAAGUCAUAUGCAAAUACUAAGAAGGCAUCGGGGGCUGGGCCUCAUGGGGAGAAAGGUACUUUUCAGUU